UCUCCCAAGGUGCACGGUUGCACUACUAGUUGUUCUCUCCAUUCCACACUCCUUCCGCUAGUCGUCCCGCCUACCUCAUAGACACUCUUCUUCCUUUGAGCACAACAAGUCAUGGAUCGUCAGCUUGAUCUGCAACGCAGACAACAGAAUGGAAACGCUUCAGUUUCAGCUUCCCCUUCAGCAUCAAUCUCUGGCUCGGCAUCCCUCGUAAAUGGGAGUACCCCGUUGCCAACAGUCCCGACAGGAGCUCAAGCUGGAUCAAUCACUAUAACCAUGCCUCCCCUUCAAUCUAAUUCCUACUACAAAAUCGCCCCCAGUGAAUAUGUUACGUUUGGGUGGAACUUUUCGAGCAUCAUUGUGACACCCACUGCCCUCACGGUUGCGGCAGUCGCAAACGGGAACACAUAUCCUAUAGGCCCCACCGAUGGUGUCAUUCCCGGGACCGCUCAGAGCGUGGUCUGGUAUCCAUAUGGCUAUCAGACCGCAAACCCUAGCCUUCCACUGGUUCAGGCAAGCUACACGCUUCAUAUUUGGGCCCAGGGUGGCCCUAGCGCAUUCCCCACGCCUGGUUAUCUGGAGCCAAACAGCGAGCUUGAGUUCGCUAUGUAUACGCCACAGGCAUACACACCUUUGAAUAGUGGGUGGCAAUGUGCCGGAUGCUCUGGAGCAUUACCCCAGCUCAAAAUAAACUCGGCUCUUCCUGGUGUUGUCGCAAUGAUUAUUAUAAUGCUGCUCUCUGGGUUCACUACCCUUCGCCGCGUUUUGGAUUGAUUGGAGUUGACCUAUGAUUCCUUAGUCUGGUUUCUGGGGAGUCGUAGAGGAUGGUCCCAUUUGAUUGACAUUUAAUGGAUUAUUAUGGUUUGUAAUUGGACUGGACAUUUACAUCACAUGUAGACUUCAUACUCAUUGUUUGGCACGAUAUAUACGGACAGGUAAUGAUGUUACACUUAGGUUACCAUCAGAACUUUUUGCUGA